CCUCCUCCUCCUCCUCCUCCUCCCCCCCUUUCUUGACCCUCCUCCCUCCCCCCCCCCUCCGUCCCGGCCGAGCGCAUGGCUCACGGCGCCCCCUGGGGAGGCCUCGGCCCUGGCGCGUCCGUGGCGGAGGCGGACACCACCGUCAGUGGCGGCCCGACCAUGCCGCUGGGCAUGCCGAGCACGAUGGCGAGCAAGGACACCAUGGUCACCUGGGGCAUCGAUGACGCCACCGCUGGCGCUGCUGCCCCGGCAGCCGCAAGGGCGCUGCGGCUGAGCCCGCAGGCGAUUAUCCGGGCGGCGGUGUUCGUUCAGGGCGCGUUCAGACGCUUCCGCGUGGAGGAAUGCCAGCGGCUGGCGGGAAUCAGGCCGGUGGAGCCCGCGCCCUCGGUGGCCGUGGCGCUCUUCUCGAGCAGGUCGCUGCGGAGGGCGCGCAGCCCGGAGGAGGUGCAGGCGGAGGCCGCCACGGUGGCGGCGGUGAUCUGCGGGCGGGAGGCGGGCCUGCAGCUGGGGCACCUGGCCAGGGCGCACGGCGAGUACCGCGCGCUGCUGCCGCCGGGCAGCGCCUCCCUCGAGCUCCUGCGCGAGCGCUUCCACGAGGUCGCCGUGGACGCGGAGGAGGACCUGCACGGCCGCCUGCGGCACGCCGCCCUGCCCUCGGCGGUGCGCCGCGCCGUGCUGCAGUGCCGCGAGGCCUGGGACCUGCCCCCGGGCCUGGCGCCCGAGGGCUGGGUGGACCCCUUCGCGCCCUCGGAGGAGGCCGCCGUGGAGCGCCUGGCGCCGGCCGUCGAGGCCGAGCUCGGCGCGAGGGUGCCCCAGUGCGAGACGCAGGCGGCCUGCGACGCGCUGGAGGCCGACGUCGAGCUGGAGCUCGCGGGCCGGCCGAGCCCCCUGCGCGGGGCGCUGCGCCGGGUGCGGCGGGGCCUCCUGGACGGCACCGCGCUGGCGGUGCAGACCGAGUUCGGCUGGCCGCCCGAGGGCCUCCCGGCGCGGAUGGCCGAGGCCGGGCGGUGGUACGCCACCGAGCUGGGCAGGGGCAACCCCCGCCUGGAGGACCUCCUGGCCGCCACCGAGCGCGCGCUGCGGCGCGCCGAGGCGGCCGCCGCCGCCGAGCUGGCGCCCCACCAGGCCGAGCUCGACAGGGUGCGCGGGCUGAUCGGCGCGGACCCUCCGCCGCUGAAGCUCGUCCUGAACGGCCUGCUGGAGGAGCUGGAGGAGCGGCUGGUGGCAGCGGCGGAGGUCCUCGGCGACUGGCGGGCGCGGCUCGGCACGGAGUGCCAAGGGCUGCUCCGCUCUGCGCGCCAGCUGCUCGGGCGGGACCGCUUCCUGGCCGAGUGCAGGGGGGAGGCGGCGCAGGCCGCCGGGGAGCUGGCGGCGCUGGGGCCCCGCUCGAGCCGCGAGCCGGCGGCGAGGGCUCGCUCGCGGCUUGCCGCAGCCGUGCGGCUGGAACAGCUUCUGGGUGCUCUGCGGCUGGAGCACGCUGGGAUUGACACCGUGCAGGUCGACGGGGACGCCGCCGCCGAGAUCAGGCGCGUGUACCAGCUGGUGGACCUCUACGGCGACAACGACCGGGCCGAGCUGCCGCCACAGGAGGAGUUGCUCAGCGACUGGCACCAGCCGCCGGGCUUCGACCGCCUGGACCCGGACCCGCGGCUCCCGGUGCCGCUGGCCGCCGGGGCCGCCUCCGGCGAGGAGGAGGAGCUCUUCCUGGACUACAGCAUGCCCCCUGCCCUGCCGGAGCCGCCGCCGGCGGUCCCAGGCUUGGAGCCCAUCAGCGUCAAGAUGAGGCUCCACGGCGUAUCCAUCGAUGACGCGAACAGCAGAUCCCAGAUCCUCUUCUUGGAGAAGUGUGCCCAGAUUAUCGCCAAGGAGUGCAGGAUCCCCGUGGAGUGGGUGACCGACGUCUCGCUGAACGCAGGCCUGAUCUAGAUCCUCGUCGGAAGUUGCACAUGACGAAGGGGGGAUGCGACCGCAUGGGCCGCGAGUUUGGACACGUGUGGAUGCUGUCACGCUCGACGCGUUGUCAGCUCGACAGGCGAAGAAUUUAGGACGCAGACUUGGUGCCAGCGGCGUGUUUGCGCUGGUGCCACGGCAGCGGCAACAUGAAAA